AUGUCAUCCAAUGUAUCGCCAAGAACAGGUUCAAAACGACCACGAAUAAUGAUUAUUACUGCUGAUGAAAGUAUCAUUGAUCAAAUUGAAAAAAGCAACAAUGUAUCAUUAUUGAAACAGAUUAUUCUUCCGGCCGAAGAUAACAAUAGUGAAAGAUUUGAUGAACAGGUACAAUCAUCACAUAAGAAGAAGAAAGUUAAGGAUGGUUCUUUGAUUUGUGUCAUUUGUGGAUCACCUGCAAAUGGAUACAAUUUUGGUGCAAUUGCAUGUGAAAGUUGUAAGGCUUUCUAUCGUCGUAAUGCUCGAAAAAAUCCUGUAAGUUUCGAAAAAAAUUACAUCAUAUUUGUGUUACAUUUAUCUACGCAUACAUUCCAUUUAACUAUUCGAAAUUGA